AUGAACUUUAGUGUUAGAUGGAGAAAGUGGAUCGUCGGGUGUCUCAGUUCGGCAACAACAAAUGUUUUGGUGAAUGGAAGCUCGUCGGGAGAAUUUAUUUUGGAAAGAGAACUUAGACAAGGUGAUCAUUUGUCACCUUUUCUUUUCCUCAUAGUGGCAGAAGGUUUGAAUAUUCUUGCUGAAAGAGCAGUCGGCAAGGGUUUUUUGGAACUGAUCAAUUUUUGGAGGGAAUGGAUUGAGAUUCCUCACCUUCAAUAUGCAGAUGAUACAAUGUUCGUGGCUCCUGGGAAGAUGGAAAAUGUGUGGGCAAUCAAGUGUAUCCUCAAACUGUUUGAACUUCUUUCGGGGUCAAAAGUUAACUUUGAUAAAAGUUGCAUCUCGGGAGUUGGCGUUGAGGCUUCAAAAUGCGAAGAAUUGGCUGCAAUCCUUAGGUGUAAAGUCGGCGAGCUCCCAAUCAAUUAUUUGGGUAUCAAGAUUGGAGCUAGUUUUUCACGUUCGAGGGAUUGGAAACAGCUGGGUGAGAAGAUAAAAAAGAGGAUUAGCGGGUGGAAUAACAGGAAGUUAUCAUUUGCGGGAAGGUUAACUCUUCUUCGUUCGGUCCUUUUCUCUUUACCGAUUUACCAACUGUCGUUUGCCAAUAUUCCUAAGGGAGUGAUGUCUGUAAUUCUUUCCUAUUCUUGCAAGUUUCUGUGGAGGGGUGGGGUUAAGGCGAGGAAGAUCCAUUGGAUUAAAUGGGAAGAGUUGUGUUUUGAUACUAGCUCUGGGGGGUUGGGUAUUAAAGAUGGUUGGAGAUGGAAAACAGAUGCAAGCUGGCGUUUUACAGUAAAAUCGACAUACAAGGUUUUGAGCCUAGAAGGAAGCCCCGCCCUUACCAAUAAAGAUGCGAAGAAAUGGAAGAUAAUCUGGAAAGCUCCCGCUCCUUUCAAGGCUAUUACAACAAUCUGGAAAGUCCUUAAAUGGAGGAUUGCAACUUGCGACAAUCUUCUUAAAAGGCAAGUGGUGAUUCUAAAUCCGGAGUCAGUACUCCAUCACAAGGCGAAGGAUCAUCUCUUAGCUUUCAUUAAUCUUGGAAAUAAAGAGGACAAGAGGUUCCUCAUUGGAGUUUGGAUUUGUGCUAUCUGGUGUGUUUGGAAAGAGAGGAAUGACUGCAAAUUCAAUCAAGGAAAGAGGUGCAGAGAGAAGUUGUUGUCAGAGAUUAAGACGAGGAUAUGGAGUUGGUCGACAGCCUUCAAUGUCUCGACUUCGGGUACUGACUUCAGACGCUGGUUUGCAGCGGUCAAGCUCGGGGAUUAG